AUGAGUCACAGUAUUCUCUCUAACGAGCACAAAGAAUUGAAAGAUCAAGUGGAAGUCGAGCCAAUUAGCUCUCCACCACCAAAAAGGAAAUUUAGAUGGACCAUUGACAAAAGGGAUCAUCCAAAACAAAUUUUCAAUAUCACUUUAUACUUGUCUAUUUUUGUAUUUGGUAUUCUUGGUGCAGCUAGAGGCUUGGAUGAAGGGAACAUUUCUGGAAAUAUAACCCUUCCUUCAUUUAUCGCUAGGUUUGGAUUAAAAGACCCAACGAAAACUACUGAUUAUUUAGCCAAUCUUAAGUCCAACAUUACUUCAAUGGUACAAUUAGGAGCAAUUGGAGGUGCUUUGAUUGCAAUGAAGACUGUUGAUUACUUUGGACGUGUUAGGUCCCUUCAAAUUAUCUGUUUGAUUUGGAUAGUAGGAACUAUCAUUCAAAUAACUGCCAGUAAUGUCGGCCAGCUCUACGCAGGUAGGCUUAUUGAAGGACUCGCUAUUGGUCACACAACAUCUAUCGGUCCUGUUUACUUAGCUGAGGUUGCACCAAGUCCUAUUCGUGGAUUAGCAAGUUGUAUUUUUGCUGGUGCGGUUUAUUUGGGUGUCUUAAUUUCUUAUAUGACAAACUAUGGUUGUGUUUUGCAUGUUGCUGAUACUGUUAAUGGUCAUAUUAAUGAUAACCAAUGGAGAUACACUCUUAUUCCAAAGAUAUUAUUGGCAGGGUUACUUUUAAUUAUGGCAACCUUACUUUGUGUGGAAUCACCCAGAUGGUUAUUGAAAGUCAAUAAAGUUGAUCAAGCUGUUAAAAAUUUGUCAAAAUUAAGACACAUGCCAGAAGAUCAUGCUUAUAUUGUUGCUGAAAUUAGUGAUAUCAAUGAACAAGUCAUGGCUGAAAAGGAUGCUAUUGCCAAUUCAAGUAUUUUGGGAAACUUCAGAGAUAUUUUCACAAAUAAGAGUAUUGCUUAUCGUUUCUUCUGUAUUGCGGGUGCUGCACAAGUUAUUGGUCAAUGGAGUGGUGCUAACGCUGUCACUAUCUAUGCUUCUGAAUUGUUUUCUCUUGCUGGUAUCAAGGGUCCAAUUGGUAAAUUGAAAAUGUCUGCUAUUUUGGGAGCUGUUAAACUUACUUCUGCUUAUUUGGGUGCUUUCUUCGUUAUCGAUGUGUUUGGUAGAAAACGUGCUUUAUAUUCUGGUAUUUCAUUACAAAUGAUUUCUAUUUUAUAUUACGCUAUUUUCCUUACGAUUGUUCCCCAGGCAGCCGAAGAUGAUACUGAGUUGUCGCCUUCUCAAACCAGAGCAUCCAAGGGAGCACUUGCUGCCAUCUUCUUGUCCGGUACAGGAUGGACAAUUGGUUUCAAUUCAGUUCAAUAUUUACUUGGGUCGGAAAUUUUCCCCUUACACAUCCGUUCAUUUGCUCAAUCUUUAGUCAUGGUGUUACACUUUGCCAACCAAUACGGUAACUCCAAGGCUCUUCCUAAGCUUAUGUUGGCAUUGCAACCAUAUGGAGCAUUUUACUUCUUUGUUGGUGUUAUGGUUCUUGGGUUAGUAUUUGCAUUCUUGUUACCAGAAUUGCAAGGACGUAGUUUGGAAUCGGUUGAAGAAGUGUUUACUUUACCUUGGUACAAGUUGAGAAACUGUGAUAAGCUUGUUCCUGAUCAUUCCAACGUUCAUGAAAUUAACUAUAUCAACAGUAGAGGUAAGUUGGAGUAUAACUCUGGAAAAGUCGACGAGAUUGUUUUGCCAGCUGAUCAAAAGGGCGAUAGAAUCGUUUAGCACUCUUCAAAUUCGUAGUAGUAUAUAUUAAAUAAAAUCAAAUACAUGAUUGAUUCAUAUAAUACUUCACCCUAU